GGGUAAUGUAUAAUGUGCAGCCGGCGUCAGUCGUCCGAGACGGUCGCCGCCAUGAGGUCGUGUCGGCUGCUGUGUCUACUGCUGGCGGUGACGCUGGUCAGGGGAUGGCCCAGCCCCAUGGAGGUGGAAAACAGACAACCUAGGGAGAAAACGGAAGCCAUUGAAGAAGUUCUCUCGAAGGCCGGGGCUGGUGAAGCUACCAGCAACGCCGGUGAUUCUAGAGACAGCGGAUACAGUGACAGUGGCAAGAUCGGAGACAGUGGUAGUGGUAUCAGCAGAGGUGGCAGCUCCAGCGGAGGCAGUAUAGGAGGAGGUAGCAGCUCUGGAGGAGGUAGCUCCAGUGGUAGCGGUACUGGAGGUACUGGAGGCAGCAGCUCCAGUGGAGGUGGUGGAGGAGGUGGCAGCUCCAGUACAGGAGGUACUGGGGGAGGUAGCAGCUCAAGUGGGACCAGUAAUGGAGGAGGUAGCUCCAGUGGAGGAGGCAGCUCCGGCGGAGGCGGCUUUGGAGGCGGCUCUGGAGGAGGUAACUCCGGCGGAGGCGGCUCUGGAGGCACUGGAGGAGGCAGCUCCAGCGGAAACCGUACUGGAGGCUCUGGAGGAGGCAGCUCCGGCGGAGGCGGCUCUGGAGGCGGCUCUGGGGGAGGUAGCUCCACUGGGACCAGUACUGGAGCCUCUGGAGGAGGUAACUCCAGUGGAGGCGGCUCUGGAGGAGGUAGCUCCAGUGGGAGCAACUCUGAAGGCACCUCUGGAGGCGGCUCUGGAGGCGGCAGUUCCAGUGGGACCGGUACUGGAGGCACUGGAGGAGGUAGCAGCUCUGGAGGCGGCUCUGGAGGCGGCUCUGGAGGAGGCAGUUCUAGUGGCACCGGUGUUGGAGGCAAUACAGGAGGUGGCGACCCCAGCAGAGGCGACGCUGGAGGAGGCAGCUCCGGUGGGAGCAGCGCUGGAGGAUUUUGUACCGGCGGCGGUACACACGGAGGACACAGCGGAGGUGACAGUUUCACUGGAGGAGGCGUCACCAGUGAUAACAAGCGCGGCACGGAGGGCAGCCUAAGCGGCAGUGGUACUGACGGCGAAUACAGUGGCAGCGUCUCCAAUGGGGAAACCAUCGACAGCAUCUACAGCAUCCUGCCUCCGCGCUGUCCACCGUGCCGAGGAAAGCCCGUCACGCGUGCCCGAGGUCUCUGUGCCUGCGAAGGGACGGAGCGGGAUGCGCGGGCGCGGGCGGACCCUGUGCCGUAGGUGCCCUCCUCCACCUAUCGCUGGUUGUUGGAGUGUCGAUGGACGCAGGCGGGCAUUGAGCAGUGUGUUCAACUUUGUAACUGAAAUAGCGCGGUGAUCUCUGGUUGCAGAGAUUUUAUUACUUAGGUCAUAGAUAACAUAAAUUCAUGUUAUCUAUGCUUAGGUGUAUCCGAUAUUGUACUGAUGUAUUUCAUAAAUAUAUCUGAUUUGCGAC